GCAACAUCUCAAAUUAACAUUUUUAGUAUUGCUUCAAAAUGCAUCUAAACGUCAUCCUUGUUUUAUUAGUAGUACAAAAUUCCAAAAGUUUAAAUCUGAAAAGUUUAGAAUCACUAGGAAUCAGUGGUGAUUCUUACAUUAGCGAUAUAGCGGUGUAUUUCAACAGGGCAUUUUUGGCCAUCCCUCGGAACAUAUGCCAAAACAACAUAAGCAGCCCUACUUUGGUUGAACUACCAUGGAAAGAAUACAACGUUAUACUUAAAAGCAGAUUUAACAAACCUCUGGAUAAUCAACUUUGGGCCGAAUGCGACAAUUUGCAAAACGCCAUAUCGCUGGCCAAAGAGACCAUUAAAUCAAAAUUGUGGAUUUUGGACAAGGGCAACAAAUAUUGUCCAGCCAAAUUGAUGGCUUACAGUAUGCUCCAUAAUGUUUUUUUGGACAAUGACGUUAUUGAAUUGGCCAAGGUGCCUAAAAAUAGGCUUACUAGCUUAGUGAUUGAGAAAAAUAACAAAUUUGGCAAUCACAGGGCUUUUAUUGCAAAUGCUGGAGACAAUACAAUCCUAGCCUGCUACUUAAACCAAUUAGAUUGUAUGCAUGUUAAAUUGCUGCAUCAAUUUGCUCACAUUUCAUUGGAAUUUCUGAGUAUAAGUAAUUCAAAACUGUAUGUUACUGGCAGUAAGGAAUUGCAAAAUGAAAGUUCCAUAUCUAUAAACGCAAAAUUCCUAGGAGAAAAGCUUGGUAGUUCCAGUGGUUUACAAGCAGACUUAAAAGAUGGCUUAAUUUAUUAUCUCACUAGAGAUUAUGCUGUUGUUAGAUGGAUCAAUGGUGAAUCAAUGGAUGCUGAACAUCAUGACGUCUUAGCUCAAUCCUACAAACGCAUGCCGUACGUUUCGAGAUUAUUCAGUGAUCCUCAGGGAAGUGUUUACGCGUUGGUCAACCCUUUUAGUCCAGAAAAAUGUGUUAGAGAAUCCACAUUUGGAAAUGAUAGCAUUGAGGAUGAUAGUGUAUUAGAAAGAACUGUUAAGAUUAUAAAGUAUAAUUGGGUUUUGGAUAAAUUUUAUUAG